CCAAAAUGUUGCGUUGCACGUGUGGAAGUGGGGUGCGGAUCUGGGGCUUGGUAGGCGGGGGAUCCCAGGGUUUGGGGCUCUUUUGGCGCACGGCGUGCCCUGUGAGCUCUUGGAGCUGGGGCGCAAGGGGGGAAAGCGGCGCGCAGAAGACCCCUUGGCGCCGGGGCGCAGUCCGGGGCGUGCAAAACUCGUUCCCGCUGGAUCCUGCCGUGCCCCAGGACGUCUUGCUCUUCCAGAACGACCGAGCCCGCUUUUUCCGCCUUCUGGGCCUCUUCUGUGCCUGCCAGUUCCUGUUCUGGACCUAUCUGGCACACUUCGCUUUCCAUUCCCUGCGCCCCACCGGCGCAAAGCGGCCGGAAUCGGAUUCCCAGCGGGAAGGGAAGCCUCUGCCUACCCUUCCGGGCGGAGCCACUCUCAACCCCAGCUCCAAUAAGUGGCGUUUUGGCUUCACCAUCUCUUGCCUGACCGUGGGUUCUCUGAUAGUGGUGGCAGGCUUCUUGUUUUCACGUCGCUCUGUAAGCCGAGUCCUGCUGCACCGUGGUGGGCAAGAAGUGUCUCUCACCACCUAUUAUCCCUUCGGGCUGACCUCAUCCUUCACUGUACCCCUGCGCCACGUCUCCUGCAUGUCCCAUCGUUCUGAGGUGCCGGCCAUGAUCCCCCUCAAGAUCAAGGGGAGACCCUUCUAUUUCCUCUUGGAUAGGCAAGGCAGGAUCACCAACACCAAGCUUUUUGAUAUCACAGUGGGCGCCUAUCGUAAACUGUAAGGCUGAAAUGUACUGUUACAGAAGACCAGGACGUCGAAGAGCCCACCUUCUGCACAGAGAUGGACAGUCUGUUCCCAAACUAUGUAUUAAAUCUAUUCUGUUGAAAGACUGGGGGGGAUCUCUCACCAGCAUCUUCAGAACAGCUCUUCGAUUACUCCUCAGUCCCCAAGAAACAGACACAGAUUAGAGGGAGUCUGGAGCCGGCUUUAUUCAAAAAUACCUGAAAUUGUACCCUGACUAAUCACUGUGUGAAGUAAACAUGCAGAAAACA